GUUGUCCCUUUAGUUCCGCCUGUUUCUGGCCCGAAAGUAGUCGGGCUGAAGGCCUCUUGUCUGUCUGUCUGUCUGUCUGUUUAUCGCUAUGUCAGUCCAUGUGACCGCCUCAUCGUCACACCGUCACCGCCGCCAUCAUUGGCCCUUGAGUGGCUUGGUGUCCGCAAUCUGAUUGGCCAAUCCCGAUUGGGCCUCUGUGAUUGGCCAGGCCAGAAUGAGCUGACGGUGGAGCUGACGCCGGAAGAGGGCCUAGCUGCGACAAACCGACGAGUCUGCAUUCUCGUCUGCUCCACCGCCUCGUCAUGA